UAUCCAUGUGAAAAAUUUCAUAGAUUGCGACCUGCAUGUGUAUCAAAUGGCUCGUCACGUGUCUUACCGGAGCGAAGACAAAACUAGAAAUGGAGGAGGAAUAGGUAUCCAUUUGUCCAUUACUCAUAUCUUAACCAAUGAAUCAGUUUUGAUUUUCCUCUCAGCCACCAUUUGAUUAUUCACAGCCAUUACUUGAGCCGCUGGUAAUGUCUCCUUCCCUCUUAGCCAUACUAGUUGUUUUGCUAGUAUUAUUCAUUUUCAAUUUAAGCGCCACCGCAUUCCGGUCCCGGAGACAUCCAAAAAAUGACCGGAAGCGACCUCCGGGACCCCCAGCCUUACCAAUUAUCGGUAAUCUCUACAUGUUGGGCAGCCUCCCCCAUCGAUCUCUUUACCGUUUGUCCAAAAAGUAUGGCCCUAUCAUGUCCAUGAGACUAGGCUCAAUACCAGCAAUUGUUGUAUCAUCUCCUCAAGCUGCUGAGUUAUUUCUCAAGGCACACGACGUUGUAUUCGCUAGCCGUCCUAUAAUACAAGCUUCCGUGUACAUGGCCUAUGGCAACAAGGGAAUGGCUUUUUCAGAGUAUGGCCCUUACUGGCGUAGCAUAAGGAAAUUGUGCACGUUACAACUUCUUUCUCCGUCAAAAAUUGAGUACUUUGCUCCGAUGAGGAUGGAGGAGGUGCGGUUGUUGGUUAAUUCGCUAAAGCAAGCUGCGGCGGCGCGUGUGGCGGUGGAUAUCAGUUUAGGCGUGGGAGAUCUGAUUCGGAACAUGAGUUGCAAGUUGGUCUUUGGGGAAGCUAACAUUUAUGAAUUUGAUCUAAAGCUGUUGAUUGAGGAAGCUUUGAACUUGACAGGAGCUUUCAAUAUUGCUGAUUAUGUUCCUUUUUUAGGAGCAUUUGAUCUUCAGGGAUUGAAACAACGUAUGAAGGCAUAUAGCAACAAAAUGGACAAAAUCUUAGAGAAGAUAAUAGAUGAACAUGAAAGGGAAGCUCAAUGGCAAAAGCAACAGCAAAUAAGAGAUUUUGUUGAUGUGUUGCUUUCUUUGAUGAACCAACCCAUCGCAUCCAAUGAUGAAUCACUCUCCACACUGGAUAGAACCAACAUAAAAGCUAUUUUACAAGACAUGAUCAUAGGUUCAUUUGACACAUCAGCCAUUACCAUUGAGUGGACACUCACAGAACUCCUCAGACAUCCUUCUGCAAUGAAACGCCUGCAAGAUGAAUUGCAGAGUGUUGUUGGAUUGGAUAAAAUGGUGCAGGAAAAAGAUCUCUCCAAUCUUCCAUAUCUAGAUAUGGUUAUAAAAGAAAGCUUGAGGUUACAUCCUGUUGGGCCACUUCUAAUUCCUCGAAGCUGUAUGGAGGAGAUAAUAAUUGAUGGGUAUCAUAUACCGAAGAAGGCAAGAAUUAUAGUGAAUGCUUGGGGAAUUGGACGAGAUCCUGAUGUUUGGUCAGAUAAUGCAGAAGAGUUUUUGCCAGAAAGAUUUGCUGCGAAAAGUAUAGACAUUCGAGGACGUGAUUUUGAGUUUCUCCCAUUUGGUUCUGGGCGUAGAGGUUGCCCUGGAAUGCAACUCGGAUUAACUGUUGUUAGGCUUGUUAUAGCUCAGCUAGUGCAUUGCUUCAACUGGGAGCUCCCAGAUGGUGUGCUGCCUGGUGAAUUGGACAUGAGUGAGGUAUUUGGCCUGUCGAUGCCAAGAGCUAGCCAUUUGGUCGUGGUGCCAAAGUAUCGACUGGGUGUCUGAAGUGCUUUGGAAGUAGCCAAAUCAAUGUAUGCUUCCUAGUUUAAUUAUUAAAUUCUAAGGUGAAUUUCCUUCACUCCAUCAACCAUGAUAUAGAGAUAGAUAAGGGUUUUAAAU